AUGUUGUCAGGCGUCCUCAUCUUCAAUCAAAAGGGUGAGAACCUCAUCUUCCGCGCCUUUCGCAACGACUGCCGCCCCCGUCUCGCCGACGUCUUCCGCAUCCAGGUCAUCUCGAAUGCCCAGGUCCGCUCUCCCAUUCUGACUCUCGGAAGCACGACUUUUAGCCAUGUCAAGCACGAGAACAUCUACCUGGUGGCCAUCACCAAGAGCAACGCCAAUGCCGCGCUCGUCUUCGAGUUCCUGUACCGGCUGAUCCAGCUCGGCCGGGGAUAUUUUGGCAAAUUCGACGAGGAGGCCGUAAAGAACAAUUUUGUUCUCGUCUACGAACUGCUCGACGAAAUCAUCGACUUCGGCUAUCCCCAGAACACCGAGACCGACACGCUCAAGAUGUACAUCACGACCGAAGGCGUCAAGUCCGAGUCGCGACCCGAGAACACGUCUAGGAUCACAAUGCAAGCCACUGGCGCCCUGUCUUGGCGAAAGGCAGACGUCAAGUAUCGCAAGAACGAGGCCUUUGUUGACGUUAUCGAGGAUAUCAACCUCCUCAUGUCGGCGACGGGUGCCGUCCUUCGUGCCGACGUCAACGGUCAGAUCAUCAUGCGCGCGUACCUGUCCGGCACCCCCGAGUGCAAAUUCGGCCUCAACGACCGCCUCUUGCUCGACAACGACGGCCUUCACACCCUCCCAAGUGGCAACCGCAUGGGCACCAAGGCAACAAAAGCAGCGGCUGGUAGUGUCACGCUAGAAGAUUGCCAGUUCCACCAGUGUGUCAAGCUUGGCAAGUUUGACAGCGACCGCAUCAUCAGCUUCGUCCCGCCCGAUGGUGAAUUCGAGCUCAUGCGCUAUCGCGCCACCGAGAAUGUCAACCUCCCCUUCAAAGUCCACGCCAUCGUUAACGAAGUUGGCCGGUCCAAGGUCGAGUACAGCAUCGGUGUCAAGGCCAACUUUGGUCCCAAGCUCUUCGCGACCAACGUCGUCAUCAAGAUCCCGACGCCCCUGAACACGGCGAAGAUCACGGAGCGCUGUACCCAGGGCAAGGCAAAGUACGAGCCUUCGGAGAACGUCAUUGUCUGGAAGAUUAGCCGCUUCACCGGCCAGAGCGAGUUUGUCCUCAGCGCCGAGGCUAUACUCACCAGCAUGACCAACCAACGCACGUGGAGUCGCCCACCUCUGAGCAUGAACUUUAGCCUGCUCAUGUUUACCAGUUCAGGGCUCUUGGUACGGUACCUCAAAGUCUUUGAGAAGAGCAAUUACUCAAGCGUGAAAUGGGUACGAUUCUGA